AUGGCGGUUAGAAACAAGGUCACUGCGAUCGAAGAUCCAACCUCAUUUUUACUACCUAUAGACAAUGCUAAGGGAAACGCUCAAUAUUACUUUGAUUUAAAAGCUUUAAAAUUCUUUGAAAACUGUUUAAGGAAACUGGAAAUAAGCAAAAUACUUUGCAUCGGAGCUCCUCGAUUACAUGGUUAUUUACGAAAUCAUUGCAAGGAUUGGUUGCACAGUUUUUUGCUCGAUUUGGAUCAUCGGUUCCACUACUUUUAUGAUGACGAAGAAUUUGCCUGGUAUAAUAUGUGCAACAAUUUUUUCUUCGACGAGUGCCAAAGGCGAAAAUUUAUAAGAUUUUUAAAAAUUAAAAGCUCGCAACGCCUACUUCUAUUCACAGAUCCACCUUUCGGGUGCCGAACAGAACCUAUAAUUAACACUUUGCGCGGGCUUAGUAAGCUCUUUAACGAAAUCAACCUUUUGCCUCACCAGCCGUUACCUACCUUCUGGAUUUUUCCAUACUUCUCAGAACAAUACAUACAAGCAGAAUGCUCGGCGUUUGAAAUGUGCGAUUAUAAAAUCAAUUACAUUAAUCAUUUAUCGUAUACGGAUAAUGGACAUAAAUUUCGUAAACUCGGUUCGCCCGUACGACUUUUCACAAAUGUGCCUUUGGAAAUGCUUAAGCUGCCAGUCAGAGAAGGAUAUAAAUAUUGUGCGAGAUGUGAACGUUAUACAGCUUUGGAAAAUCAUCACUGUAACAAAUGCAACAAAUGUCCUUCAAAAAAUGGUGCCACCUAUCGGCAUUGCUUAAAUUGCGGUAUAUGUGUUAAGCCCUAUUACGUCCAUUGCGUUAACUGCCAACGUUGUACCCAAAAAGAGGGCCACAAUUGCGCAGAAUAUCAGACCAAGCAGAGAUGUCGGACAUGCAACAAGCAAGGGCACACUGAGCUUAAAUGCUCACUUAGGAAAGCGUAAAAAGUAUAUGGAAUUGCGCACGAUU